UCUCAAUGGCCUUACGAAGAAAUGGAAUAGUGUUGCUGUCUUUCCUGGUUUUCGUAACGUUUACGUUGAUUCUGUUGAACGCACGGCCAGGAGAUGACACAGUACUACAGCAAAUCUAUGAACAAAGACUGAAUGAAGCGUUAGAGAGGCUUCGCUAUGCCGAGAAACAAAACCAGGCUAGAUCACAAGAGCUGUACAGGUUAAAGGAACAGAUAGCAGUGGCUUUUACUGACAACCGAGUCAGUCACAAUAAUCAUACUAGCAAUGCAACAGUCAACAGAGAAAAUGUUGAAGAGACAAGGCAGAGGUUACAGAGAUACUUGGCUGAUGGACAGAAUGUACAAUUACCAUCAGUGUUACAUUAUAUGCCACAUUUACAGCACAAUUUAGAUGGAUUGGUGCCGGCAUUUCUGAUGUCACAAGGAAGAGUCGGUGAUCGAAAUGAAGAUGUUUUCAGAAGCCCUUUGACUGAUUUAUCAUAUAUAGAACAGGAAGCAGAGCUAAUUAAAGACAGAUGGAGGACAAAACAAAAUUUAGAUUUUUCCUUUUUAAUGAUGUAUGCACAAGUUAAAGCCACUUUCUAUGUUCAGUUAGAAGACGAUAUCAUCGCCAAACCAGGGUAUAUAACAACCAUGAACAAUUUUGCACUUCAACAAAAACAAGAUGACUGGUUCAUGUUAGAAUUUUCUUCAUUAGGUUUCAUAGGAAAGCUUUUUAAAACUUCAGACUUGAAUUUAGUCAUAGAAUUUUUUCUAAUGUUUCAUCGAGACAAGCCCAUUGAUUGGUUAUUGGAUCAUAUUUUGUGGGUGAAAGUGUGCCACCCAGAAAAAGAUGUUAAACACUGUGCCAGAGAGAAGGCAGCACUGAGAAUACGCUUCAAGCCAUCGUUAUUCCAACAUGUCGGCAUGCAUUCUUCUUUGCCUGGCAAGGUACAAAAGCUUAAGGAUAAAGACUUUGGAAAGCAACCGUUACACAGAGCACAUGAAAAUCCAACUGCACAGGUGUCAACAACAAUCAAAGUCUACAUGAAAUACUCAUUAGAAAAAGCUUACAAAGGCCAGGACUUUUUCUGGGGUGUUAUGCCAAAAGCUGGGGACGUAAUCCUCUUUAAGUUUACACAACCUAUUAUCUUUGAAAAGUACAGAUUUACCAGUGGUAACACGGAACAUCCUGGUGAUGUGUUUUCAAAUACUACUGUGGAGCUACUACCUCAUCAGCUAGAACAGAAACAAGAAGGUUUAUUGGAGAUACAAAGUAAAACAAAAUCAUCAUAUAAAAGAACUGCUGAUGGUUACUAUGAAGUAGGACAAUUUAUAGGUGGAAAGGCUGGUGCUAAUAUUGAUUCUACACUGGGUGCAAUUGACACGCUUAGGUUACGUGUAUUAACAGAUGCUAAGGCAUGGGUGAUACUCAGCGAG